AUGCAGCAGAACGACACUCCCAGACAGGCCAACAGCGAUGCCAAGCGUCGCAGAAAGGCCAAGGAUGAGGGCAGCGGCAAGCCCAAUGGAUUCGACGAGGUUAUGCAGGUUGACAUCGACCGACUGAUCCGCCAGAGCCAGCAGGAAGCCAACGGCGAAACCCAGCACGAGCAAGUUGUGCUUCCAGAACGGUUUAGUGAGAUUGAAGUGGAUAUCUCUGAGUUGUCGUCUACGGGUGACGGUUUGGGAUUGUCAGCUGAUGGGAGACAUGUCUAUGUGGUUCCGUUCACUGUGCCGGGAGAUAAGGCUCUGGUGAAGGUUGUGCGGCACCAUCCACCUUUGAACUAUAGCAUGACGGACUUUAUCAAGGUGCUGAGUCCCGGACCGCAGCGGAAUGAUGCAGGAAUUGGAUGCAAAUACUUUGGUCAGUGUUCGGGGUGUCAGUUGCAGAUGCUGUCUUACGAGGACCAAUUGGCCCAUAAGAAGCGCAUCGUCGAGAAGGCCUACGCCAACUUCUCGGGGUUGAUUCCGGAGAUGAUUCCGGCUGUUGACGAGACAUUUGGGUCGCCUUUGCAGUAUGGGUAUCGUACAAAGUUGACGCCGCAUUUCCUGGCUCCCGGUGGUGGAAGGAGGAGAAAGGCUCCCCGUGAUCAGUCAGUGCCAGUGGAGGUUCCGCCUAUUGGAUAUACGUUCAAGAACAGAAAAAUGGAUAUGGAUAUUGAGGAUUGUCCGCUUGGUACGGACAUUGUUCGACGGGGACUUAAGACGGAACGGAAGCGCGUGGCGGACAAUAUCCAGAAGUACACCAAGGGUGCUACGCUUUUGAUGCGCGAAUCCACGAUUCGAAUCCCCAAAGACCGCGCUGAUACGAACGCCCCAGCGGAGGAGCAGAUCGAACCUCAACCCGACGCAAAGGGCCGUACUGCCGAGUCCGGGGACGUCAUCCGCGUUGAAAAGGAGAACUACAUUCAAGAGAAGCGCUGCGUGACAGACCACAACGCCACAUCGAUCGAGUACAUCGACGACUACAUCUUCACCAACAAGGCCGGCGCUUUCUUCCAGAACAACAACUCAAUCCUCUCCGGCUUUACCGAAUAUAUCCGCCAACACGCCCUCCCUCCCGACAACGAGCAAGAUCCCAAACCCAUCAAAUACCUUCUCGACGCCUACUCUGGCUCCGGUCUUUUCACCAUCACCCUCUCUCCGCUGUUCAAAUCGAGUCUCGGUGUCGACGUCGACCCCCACUCCAUCGCCUCUGCUCGCGACAACGCCCGCGACAACAAUCUCCCCAACACCGGCUUUGCCGCCAACGACGCAGCCACUCUUUUCAAGGACGUGCCCUACCCACCUGACCAAACCCUCCUCGUCAUCGACCCCCCGCGAAAAGGAUGCAGUGAGGACUUCCUCCGUCAGCUUCUACAGUUCGGACCUCGUCGUGUCGUCUACGUUAGUUGUAACGUGCACACGCAGGCGCGUGAUGUUGCCGUUAUGGUUAAUGGCGAUGCGAACAUCCGGUAUGAUAUUGAGAGUAUCCGGGGAUUCGACUUCUUCCCUCAGACGGGGCAUGUUGAGGGUGUUGCUAUCUUGAAUAAGGCUCAUAUUAACAAGGAUGUUUGA